AUGGGCGCGGCUAUCGCGCCAGCAGCUGGAGACGGCUGUGGCCGAAAGGUGGGCGCGCGCAAGCGGCCCGCCGAUUUAAACCAGGGUCCCUGGGUUCGUCGCGCGCAGUCGCUCGGUCGCCUGUGGUGGCCGCUCCUCCCGCUCUUGCUCUUCGUCAUGAUCAUCACACAUGGCCAGCUGCUCGCUUUCCUCUUCCUCCGCAUUUCCCCGAACCCCAUCUCCGCAUCCUCCGCCGCGUUUUCCGCUUCUUCCGUCUCCGCCACAGCCGCUGGACUCGUCAAAUCCGUCCGUCAAAGUAUUUCGGCGUUCUCCUCUUUCUCCUCCGCAGCCGCCGCCAGCGGCCGAAUCGCGUGGUUGUUCGCCGUGGUUCUUAUCCGCGGCGUGUGCGAGCCGAUAGCGGCGCUACUGCUGCUCGACUCGCUACUGCUCACGCUCUCCGGUCUCGUGCUCUGGCACAGGGCACGACGGCAAGAGCGCCUGCAGACAGCAGCCGCAAUUCGCGCCAGAGCUAAUAAGAGAGCUACUACGGCUCCUAACGGGGUAGAUAGCGCGGUUGUUGGCAGUGGUGACGUGUGGGAGGAGAGUGGUAACAGCAUGGCGGUUAACUUGGGCGUCGCUGCACCCGCCGGUUGCGACUGGGAUGGCGCCGCCGCGUCCGCCGCGUCCGGCGGCGCGCUCCCCGCGACGUCCACGUGGCCCGCCGUGCUGGUGCAGCUGCCCAUGUACAACGAGCGCGAGGUGUACGCGCGCGCGAUCGCCGCGGCGUGUAAUCUGGAGUGGCCGCGGGGGCGGCUCGUGGUGCAGGUGCUAGACGAUAGCACGGACGCGGAGAUUUCGCGCGGAAUGCGCGCGGAGGUUGCGCGGUGGCGGAGCAAGCUAAGGUGCGGGGGCGCGAGCAAGGGCGCGCGGAACAGCUUCGGCGGAAGCAUCGACGUGCGGUACCGCCACCGCACGGACCGCACGGGGUACAAGGCGGGGAAUCUCCGCGAGGGGCUGACGGAGCCGUACGCGCGCGCAUGCGCGUUCGUCGCGAUUCUCGACGCGGAUUUCGAGCCUUCCCCCGACUGGCUCCUCCGCUCCGUCGCGCCGCUCGCGCGCGACCCGCAGCUCGCGCUCGUGCAGACGCGCUGGGCGUUUAGUAACGAGUCGGAGUGCCUACUAACGCGUCUGCAGGCCGUGGAGCUCAAGUGGCACUUCUUAGCGGAGCAGCUGUUCAGCUCAUCCGCGUUACAGUGCUUCGGCUUCAACGGCACCGCGGGCGUGUGGCGCACAGCGGCAAUCACGGACGCGGGGAGCUGGCGCGACGACACGACCGUCGAGGAUAUGGACAUCGCAGUCUGCUCCGCGGCGAAGGGAUGGCGCAUGCGGCUCGAGCCCACCGUGGAAUGCGCGAGCGAGGUCCCCGCGGGAUACGGCGCGUACAGGAAGCAGCAGCACCGGUGGACGAGCGGCCCCGCGAAUCUGCUGCGGCUGCGCGGCGGGGUGGUGCUUACCGCGGAGCGGUCCGCGCUAAGCUGGCCCGCUAAGCUGUAUUUCGUGGGGAUCUACAUGUUUCUUCGCCGGGCUGCCCGCCACUUGAUAGGAAUCUCCUUCUGGCUCUUCGUCCUGCCCGCGUAUCUCUUCUCCUCCGCGCUCCCGUCCGCCUUUUCCUCCGCCUCCACUUCCGCCUCCGCGUUCCCCUUCCCCUGGGCAAUGGCUGCGCUGGUGCUGGUGUACCCGCUCUGCCUGUUCGCAUUCUCCCCCUCGAAGCUCCGCCUGCUCCCCGCGUACUUCCUCUUCCUCGGCGCGCUCCUCCCGCUGCGCGCGUACGCCACGGUGGCAGGACUGCUCAACCUAUCCAGCUCGCACACGUGGGACGUAACUCAGAAGCUGGGCCGGCGCGGCGCGGGCGGCGCGAAAGGAGAGGAGGAGGCGCAUGGGGAUGUGGAGGGUGAGGGGGAAGAGGAGACGAGCGAGGAGGAGGUUUUGCUGAGUGCGGGUGAAACGAGUGAGGAGGGGGGAGAAGAGGGGGAUACAGAGGAACAGGAGGCACAUGAUUCAGAGGAGGGUGAAAGGGAGAGUGCUAUUGGGCAACGGGAGCUGAGAUUGCGGCCGAAGCGGGCUAGUAAGGCAAGCCGCGAUGCAUCCAUGACGUCAGCAGCAUCAUGCUCCUCUUUUUCCUCUUCUUCCAGUGCUCCCUCCCUCUCCUCCUCCACCACCUCCUCUGCCCCAUCCUCUCCUGCCCCUCUCUCCCCACAACCCUCGACAGUGGAGUUGAUGUCUCUCUCUGCUCCGUCCACAGCAGCUGCAGUAGCAGCAGCACUGGCAGCACAAGAAGCAACUCCGUUCCUCCGCCUCCUCGCCAAUUCCCACCUGCUCCCAGCGCCCACCGCGUCGGUUCCUCUCUCCGUCCGCCCUGCUACCACCGCGCAACCCAUGGCUCAACCCAUGCCUCAGAGCAUGAACCAGGGCGUGAACCACGCCGUGACUCACGGCGUGAACCAGGGCAUGGGCCAGCCAGGCAUGAAUCAGGGCGCGAGUCAAGGCGGAAUGAGUCACCCGAUGGGCCAAGGCAUGGGCCCUGGUCCGGGGGGGAUGCUACAGCCGGGGCCUGUGAUGCAGUAUAUGCAGCAGCCGAACAGCAACCCCAUGCCCGUGCAGUCACCCGCUCAGCCAGCAGCGCAGUCGCAGAUUGUGUGCACGGGGUGCCGCACGCUGCUCGUCUACCCCAACAACGCCGCCAACGCCUCCCCUCUCCUCCUUCCCCUCCCCUCUUCCCACUUUCCCUAUCCCCUCCCUCCUUGCCGUGCAGCAGCGCAGUCGCAAAUCGUGUGCACGGGGUGCCGCACGCUGCUUGUCUACCCCAACAACGCCUCCAACGUCCGCUGCGCGCUCUGCAGCACCAUCACGCCCGUGCCGCAAGCAGGCACGGAGAUGGCGCAGCUGGUGUGUGGGGGCUGUCGCACGCUGCUCAUGUACGUGAGGGGCGCCACUAGCGUGCAGUGCUCCUGCUGCCACACCGUCAACCUCUCCUCCGACCGUGAGUCUAACUCCUACCCACCUGCUCGUGCCACAGGGGUGCCCUGGCUUGCUUGCAUGCCUGGUCCGCACUGCCUGCAUCGGCGAUGGGAUGCACCUCCUGUUGCCUCCUCCAACACACUGACUCUCCCUCACCCUCGGACAAACCAAGUGGCGCACAUCAACUGUGGGGGCUGUGGCAUGACGCUCGUAUACGCCAUGGGUGCACGCAGCGUCAAGUGCGCCGUGUGCCAGUUUGUCACCCAAGUCAUGGUGCGUGCUACUUUUUUGUUCUUUGCUCUUGUUCCCUCCUUCUCCCAUGUUCCCCCCUGGGCAAUCCUUCACACUUCCCCUCCAUCUGCCUCUCCUCCUCUCUCCCCGUUUCCCCACUUCCUUCCAUACCCGAACCACACUUUUGGCCUUCUUUCCAUCCUUUCGCACCCAUCAUUUUCUCUCUAUACCCAAAACUUCAGACACAGCACAUGGGCAACAGGACGUGAAGGAAGCAUCACAUCUGUAUGCUGUGAGAGGUAUUGCAGCAUGGAAGGAACGCACUGGAGUGCAGUUAAGCGCGGUGGCAUGCAGUGGAGUGCGGUGCAGAGGAAUGUGGUGGAUGGCGGUGCGUGCGGUGAAGUGCGGUGGCUUGCGGCGGUGGACGCAUCGGAGCAGCGGAUGGGAUGGGCCUGGAUUUAUCUGUGUUGCUGUGCCGUGCCGCCACGGCAUAGCCCUCUGUGUUCUGUGACAGCAGUUGCACAGGGUUGCUGUGGCAGGGUUGCUGUGGCAGGGUUGCUUGCAGUCACCCUGCUUCAGCUGCUGCAUCCAGCAGCUACCGCACUGCUGAAUGCUGCUGCUGCACCAGCUGAGUCGGAGGGAGAAGGGGGUCAGUUGCAUUGCAUGGUCGCAUCAGAAAACGUGUCUGCUGCAUCAAUCAGAGCCUGGAAAUGA